ACUACUUCCUACUUCCAUAUUCACCUGGUUCAUUCCCUUUUCCUCCAGUUCCCACAUGCCACAAAAAGUCAACUAGUGAAAGACAAGAUAUAAAGAUUGUUGUCAUAACACACUGUAUACUAGUAAAUAUAACCAAGGCCAAUUCAGUUCCUUGAUUUAAACGCAUGGUGUUUUGGAUGGAUCUUGUCCAGAUUUGAAAUACAAUGUUCUUCCAAUAUGUUUAGAAGAUGAAGAAGGUGAGGAAGACGAAGACGAUGAGGAAGACGAAGAAGAUGAGGAGGACGAAGAUGAUGAAGAAGAUGAAGAUGAAGAACGCAGAAAACGUGAGGAAGACGAAGAUGAAGAAAAUGAAGACGAAGAUGAAGGUGAAGAAAGCAGAAAACGUGAGGAAGACGAAGAUGAAGAAAAUGAAGACGAAGAUGAAGAAGAUGAGGAAGACGAAGACGAUGAGGAAGACGAAGAAGAUGAGGAGGACGAAGAAGAUGAGGAGGAAGAAGAUCAAGACGAAGAGCGCAGAAGACGUUAAGAAUAAGGAGAUGGCGAAGAAUGAAUGUAAAUCAGAAGCUUUGUAA